AUGAACGACGAGUUCCGCCAUGAGAGGCUAAAGCUCCCUGGUGGGUUCAUGCGACUACUGCAGAUCCAGGGCAAUACGUCGGGCAGCGGUAGUGGUAGCACGACUACCACCAGUGGGAUCGGCAACGCCAACAACAAGUCGCAGAAAGACAUCAUCUCACUGCGUAUCACACAAUACGCCAUCCAUCGGCUGCCUCAAUAUGUAGCCAUUUCAUACACAUGGGGCUCUGCACUUGCGACGCGGCCCAUCCGCGUCAACGGACGGCCGUUCCACGUUCGGCAGAACUUGUGGCAUCUACUCUGGCAUUUACGGCAGAGAGGCGAGAGUCGAUUUCUUUGGAUCGAUGCCCUUUGUAUCGACCAGAAGAACCUCGAGGAGCGGAAUUUCCACGUCCAGCUCAUGGGCAACAUCUAUGAUAAAGCUGUCACGGCCAUCGUGUGGCUUGGUCUUCCGAGUGAUGAUCGUCGGCAGGCGCGGGUGCUCGAGUUCAUCGGCGAAAUGGCGACCUUUGGCCAGGGUAAGCGCGGUCGUGGUGCCAUUGUAGACGAGAGUGAUGUCGUGGCCAAGUUCCGUCAGCAGUUUCUGACGGAGGCGUCUGUCCAACGCUGGGCAAAUGUGCUCGAGCUAUGCCGGGGUACGUACUGGACGCGAACCUGGAUCAUCCAGGAGUUUCUUCAGGCGAGCAAUAUCCAGGUCCUCUGUGGCACGGCCAGUCUGGAGUGGUCCUGUUUUGAGGAUGUCGUGAGGAUGAUGAGAAAAGUCUCGACGGCCUCCCAGCAACAACAAUUCGUGCUGCCAAUGUUUACGACUCAGUUCAUGCAGACUUUGCCCGUGCGUCUGACGACGCGGAGGAUUUUCCACACGUCGUCGACACUAGAAGAGUUGAUAUCUGAGUUCUACGAUUCUAGAUGUGCGGAGCGAAGGGAUAAGAUCUACGGGAUCCUGGGAAUUGCCGAUGAUUGUGGUGAGAAGGUGAUUCCACCUGACACAAUCACUCAUAGCGGCCCAAGGCCGGACUACUCGAAACACAUUUUAGAGGUCUACUUCGAAGUGUUCGAUUACUUGUUGUCCCCAGCAAAUCCAGGAAACUCAACACUGCAAGCGGUAUAUCUGACGCAGAAAUCCCUUGAAUUGACCGAAACUGAUCUCAAAUCAUAUGUCAAUUAUCUCACUCAACAGCAACAACGAGAGGCAAAAGUGACCGCUCCGCCUUCACCCCUGUCAAGUCUGGAACUACGCCGGUUACAAUCAACCACUCCGCUCCGCCCAGACUACAUAAACAUCAUCUCUGAAGUACUGCCCGGCUGGACCAGCAUGCGUGAUUUACGUCAGCGGCUCGAACAAGUCGACUGGGCGCGGUACGUCGGACACGACAUAAAGCGAAAAUCGCUGGCAACGAGGCUCUCGUCUUCAGGUUCAGUAUCAGGACUCACCCCAGCAAUGACUUUCACUGCUCUCUCAUCGCCUUCUCGACGCAAAUCUUCAUUCAACUCAGGCUUGGCCGAGCCAGCAUCGACAUCGUCACCAUCGCGAAGAAAGUCCUCCUUCAAUGCUGCUCUUGGUGAGCCGACAGCAACAUUAACGGGCGCAGGAUCCUCUGGCGCAACCACACCGACAGGCCGUCCCGUCCGCGCGCCUCUUCCGGUUGACAUGAUCGACAACAUCGUGUACAUGGCUGAACACGCCAGCGAUACCCUCCACACACUGUACAACUACUCCCAGCGCACAGAGGAAAGCUCCUCGUCCGACCAAACUCCAAUCGCAACCCACAUGAACAAAAUUCCGCUCCAGCACAUCGCGCUCUCGGCCCACGAGAAACGAGCACACCAUAACGCCGAACUCCACAAGCCCAGCAUCAUCAUUGAAUCACUCCCCGGGCAGGGCGUCGACCCAGUACGCGUCGGGUUCGCGUGUACGGAGGCGCGCGCCGGCGAUCUCAUCGCCCAGUUCACCGGCCUGCAGCAGACGCUCGUGCUGCGCCGGGUAGACACGAGUAGUGGUGUGAGUCUGAUGGUUGUUGGUGCGGCAAGAAUGGUCACGCAUGUGGGCUUGGCGGAGAGAGGCUUCCAUCAUGCCGCGAAAGGUGCUGUAGCGCGAGACGGAAAGGCAGAGCAAGGGGAGUUGUGGUCGGGUUGCGUUGUGUCGUCUCAGGUAGACAGUGUUACGGCCGGUGUGGCUGACGUUGUUUUGAGUGGUGAUGAUGGCGCGGAUAAAAAUGGGGAUGAGCUUGGCUCUGUGAACACGGAUUUGUCGCAUUAUACCAUUGAUAUUGAUCCGGUUAGUUGGUGGGAGAUUCUGAGAUGA